UUCCUUUCCGCCUGUGCAAAUCGCGUCGUGAACACGCAUCUCUGUCCUUUCCGUGUCAAGUGAGUGUCUUUUAAAGGCAAUUUAGGAUAUACACACCCAGUGAAAAUAAGUCCAACACGGAACCAUAACAAUGCGUUACGUUGCUGCAUACCUGCUCUCUGCCCUUGGUGGUAAUGCCAGCCCACAGGCUGCGGACAUCAAGAAGAUCCUGGAAAGUGUUGGCAUUGAGGCUGACAAAACACGCAUGGAGAAGGUCGUCACUGAACUCGGUGGCAAAAAUGUGGAAGAGGUGAUUGCCCAAGGCUAUGGUAAACUGGCCAGUAUGCCAGCAGGUGGUGCUGUGGCAGUGGCCAGCUCAGGUGGAGCCGCUGCUGCUGGGGCAGCUGCCCCCACUGCAGCUGAGGAGAAGAAGGAAGAGAAGGAGGAGUCUGAAGAGGGAUCUGAUGACGACAUGGGAUUCGGCCUGUUCGACUAAACUUGUUAAAAAUCUGAAAUAAACUUUGUAAUUAAGGAA